AUGACCCCGGUAAACGUGAGUUCGUUUAAUGACGUAGCUUACGAGCACGCUUCGCAGCACAACCCCCGCCCGAGGGAGGAGGCCCCUUACCAUACGGUUCGGUUGAGCCUAGUGGUGGAGGAAGGCUGGCGUCCAGUGCAGAUUCGACACCUGGCUCCUAAUGCCCCUCACCAGGGGAAGGUCCACUGGCAAGAGCACUUUCAAGUCCGCUUGAGCCAGGCGCGAUUAAGCCAAGGAGACCGGCCCCAUGUUUACCAGUACUCCCAGGCUCCCCGCCUUUUGGCGGCGAAGCGGCCCCUUCUGCCGAGUCACUAG